AUGGCCGAGGAGAAGGUGGAGAUGGCUGAAGUUGAGACGUCUCUCAUAACUUCAGAGUCCAAACCGGCUCCGGUCAGAAUGCCCAACAGAUUUGAGAGGUUAUUGCAGCCCUGCGUGGGCGAGCUGGUGGGGACUAUGUUCUUCGUGUUCAUCGGCUGUGUGUCUGUCAUUGAGAAUGAGGAGACCACAGGGAGGCUGCAGCCGGCUCUGGUCCACGGUUUGGCUGUGGCCGUCCUGGUGACUUGCUUUGUGGAAAUCAGUGGUUCCCAUUUCAACCCUACAUUCACCCUGGCCAUCUACCUGUGUGGAGGCAUGGAGAUGAACAUGGUGGCCCCAUACGUUGCAUCUCAGCUGGUUGGAGGUGCGCUUGGAGCUGCUAUGGCAAAGGGAAUGACCAACAAAGAGAAGUACAACAAGGCCCACGGGGCUGCAUUCGAUCUGCUGCAGUCAGACUGUCAGAUAGGAAGAGCUGUGUUUGCAGAGGUCACCAUGACCUGCCUGAUCACCGUGGUGCUGCUGCUGGGGGCCGUGAACUCCAAGACCAGAAGCCCCAUGGUGCCCUUCUUGGUCGGCUGCACUGUCAUCUUCAACAUCUUGGCUGGUGGAGAUAUUUCUGGGACGUGUAUGAACCCGGCCAGAGCCUUUGGUCCAGCCUUAGUGAACAACUACUGGACCUUUCACUGGGUCUACUGGGUGGGACCCAUCGGAGGAGGUCUAAUAGGAGCUGUUCUGGUCCGCCUCCUUCUUGGAGACCGGAACAUCCGACUCUUUUUGAAAUGAGAUUGUGUGAACAUCUACUUCAGUU